CCAUCGCUAUGGUCGUUUACAUUGCGCUCAAAAUACUUUUGGGCUUAAGCUCGCUACUAAACCCAGUUCAGGCGGUAAUUAAAGACGAUAUCUAUGGACUGAUUGGACUUGUGCCUACACAAUUAAAUGGAAGCCCUUUGGAUUUCGAUAAGUGGACUAAAGACAUCAGUUUGUCACUGAAUGAAGAGCAGCAACAGCGCGUGGCAUGGAAUAUUCCCUGGUCGGAUAUUUUAGAGACACAAAAAUCACCGCAAGAUCUGCAAAGCCAUAUCAAUACCGGAAAUCCCUUCAAGCUGAAGCUUUGGAUGAGCUUUUAUUGGCACCUUAGACGUUUCCGUCUUCUGAACGAGAUUCUUCUCUCUAACUUUGCCCUGGAAUUGAGGAACCUCAAGAGUAAUCAUCCAGAUCAGUGGAACAAUAAUCUCCAAAACAUGUUGCAGAGUUUACCAAGACCUCUGAGGCUUCUGGUGAAAACCAGUCGCUUGUGUCUCGAACACAAGAAGGAACUUUUCUAUAUAACUGCUGGAAAUCAACUGGAAUUGGGCGCCAAUAGUAACUGCAGCAUUUGGGAGGUUAAGGAGGAGAACAAGGAACACUGGCUGAGGCUCGUGAAUGUCUGCGAUGAUAAGAGCUAUUUCUUCAUCACCAUGUUAUCACAAGGUGCAUCACAUGUCCUGUUUAGUGCGCCUAACUAUGUGGCAAAAGCUUUUUGUGUGCUAAAGGCCCGACCCGCUGAAGGAGCCGGCUGCAUAGUUGUAAAAUUCCUGUAAACAAGCCGGACUGCCACAGCUGUGGCAUGCGGCAUGUGGCAACUGCAACUGGCAACACACACACUCCCUGGCCAACGCACACUGAUUCAAAUGAUCCCGCCAACAAUUGCGGCACUAAACUGGCUGCACGGGUUGCCGAAGGAAUUCAUCUCGAAACAGUUUUUGAAUGCCACAAAAUUUGUUCUAAUUUUUAGAAAGCUUUUACAAAACACUUUUAAAUAAAUAAAAGCA